AUGGAGAACAACUCCGACACCAGCAGAGGGGCUGAUAUUCAAGCACCUUUACGAUUUAUUGCCCCAUGCUAUCAAAAUCGAUCAUACUAUGAUCAAGCUCCUGUUAAUUACCAUCGUGCAUUUGAAACGGAUGACAAAUUUUUACCUAGUGAUAAGCCGAAUUUAAUCGAUGAUUUCAAUCAAAUUAUUGAUAUUUAUGAGAAAAAAGAUGAUGACGAUGAUUCUCUAAAUUACAAAAUGAAAGUCGCCGAAGUGAUUGGCCAUAUUGUUGAGUGGAUAAAGGAUUAUCAGAAAGCAAAUUCAUCAAUUAAAGGUUUUUGUGUUGGCGUUAGUGGGGGUAUUGAUUCUGCCGUUACUUCAACAUUAUGCGCCGAAACGGGUUUGCCCAUCCUUUUGCUGGAAAUGCCCAUUCAUCAAGCAAAGGAUCAAGUUAGUCGUGCACGAGAACACAUUAAUUGGCUCAAAGAACAAUAUUUAGAUAAAGUACAGUCAUAUGAAAUCGAUUUAACUCAAACGUUCGAUGUCAUUAAAACUACAUUGACACAUAUGCAGGAAAACAAGGAAACAGAAUUAGCUCUGGCGAAUACUCGAUCACGAUUAAGAAUGGUUACGUUGUACUACUAUGCACAACUGAACGGCUAUGUCGUUGUUGGCACAGGAAAUAAAGUAGAAGAUUUUGGUGUUGGCUUUUUUACCAAAUAUGGAGACGGUGGAGUUGACAUUAGCCCCAUUGCUGAUCUAAUGAAAUCGGAAGUGAGAGCAGUUGCUCGUAAAUUAGGAAUUAUCCAAUCGAUCAUUGAUGCACCACCAACCGAUGGCCUUUUUGGAGAUUCACGUACAGAUGAAGAUCAAAUUGGUGCCACCUAUGACGAAUUGGAAUGGGCAAUGAACUACAUAGAUCAGAAGAGCGAACAAAUUUUAACAGAACGACAGAAGGAAGUAAUUGGCAUAUACGAACAACGACAGAAAGUAAAUCAUCAUAAAAUGGUCCAAAUACCAACAUGUAUUCUACCAGCUCAUCUAAAAACAUAA